AUGCCUGACAUUAAUAAAGUUCUAAUUAACGAAGAUGUUGAUAUGGACGCUCCACCCGAAAUUGGCUCAGGCUCAACACCCAUUGGAAGCUUGUUGGUGGCGAAUUUUGUCGUCGAUACGAUGGAGAAUGUUGUCGAAUUAGGCAACAAUGCUGAACUAGAUAUCAAACAUGCCACGAUGCCUCUGAGGAGCUACAGACUUCAAAAAGAAGUGACACUGAAAAAGAAACCCUUGAUGUUCCUAAGGUACAAUGAUGCCAGCGAACUCGCUAACCAGAGGGCACAGAUUCAGGAUGCCUUGGUAGGACAAAUCAAGGAACUCAACAGUUCCAUAAAUAGUAACAAUCAAAGUAUCGAUGGAGAGGAUGGUCGUGAAAAGCUGGAGAGGCGACAGAAGAGGAGUCGUUAUAAGGGGGCCGAGGCUGUCGAUGAUAAGGGAGUGUUCUUUGUUGAUAGUGAUUGA